AUGGGAACUACAACUACGGCAUUGACUAGAUCAAAGAGAAAGGGUCAUGUGGUUGAGGAAAAGCCCACCAGAGUCAUGCCCGCAAGGAAGGCAAAAUCACAAUCAAAAUCACCGGUGGAAUUCAAUCCACAGAAGGGAAGGAAACGCCGAAAGGUAUCGGAGGAGACAAAGGCAAAGAAACGCCAAGCCGCGCAAGGACAGCCCGGCGAAGUACAAGCCGAGUAUGUGCCAUCCGCGAACGAUCUGAUCAGUGACGUCCCAAGGGACGAAAAUUUUACAAUUGAUACGCUGCUUCCGGAUCUUGCUACGUCGUACGUCGGUCGAUUCAAAUCGCCAGCCGCACCAGCACGGGCGAAAAGGAAGCCAUGGCCACGACAAUCCAGUCCCCUGAUAGAUCCUGAGAAAUUGCCUCCAGGCUGGAGCAUGACUGAACCGGAUCUUGACCGAGAUGAUAUCGAUGCACAAAUUGAAAGAUGCCACGUGAGAAUCAAAGAGAAUAUCAUGCCUCACAUAUUUGAACACCGGCUGAAGGGAUUGAAAAUCUCUCAGGCCAAGCGAAAUGCAUUGGUCGCAUCAGAACCUGGGAACCAUAGUUUGGCUGUCCUCAAGCGCUUGGAAGUCUUGAGAAACAUUGAAGUUGAGCUACAAAGCUCGGACAACUUCAAUCAGCUCCCUAAUGUGCGGGCGUUGCUGCAGGCUUACCGCGAAGGAAGGCUUCAUUGGAACAUAGGAUUGGUCACUUAUUGGUUUGAAGGUGUGCAAUUGUGUGAGCCAAGACCGUUCAGUUGGGAUGAAUUCGAGGUCCUCAAUGCGCAUCAUUCUGGUAAAACCGGAUUUUGGAUGGAAGGAUACGAGAUUGCCAUUCGCGUCCCCGGUACAAGGUGGUACGCAGAGCUUGAAUUUGUUUAUGACACCGGGGCAUCCAUGAUGACACUAUAUGAGGGUGAUAUUCAAAAUAUUAUGGGAACAUCGAAUGUUGAACCCCCGAUCAUGGGGCUAAACACUUCAGUUAUAGCCGAUGGCAGCACUAUGACUAGUCCGGUGGUCGAAGUUGAAGUUACCAUACUGGAUACUGAAAGAAGGCGGCUGACGAGAUGGGUCAGAAUCCAAUGUGAGGUAUCACGAGGUUGGUGUGGCACAGGUGAUUACAGAUUGGACGGCCCACUACGGCAACUGCUAUACACAGCGUCAGCCCCGCGCAACAAUGACAAGAUGUAUAUUGCGUCCAACCACCCUGACAUUAUCCGCGUUAUACCUGAUACAGGAAGUUCUCGAAGCGGUCCAGCUCACAAUAUCGGCAAAAUGCCCCUAGGGCCAGGCGGCGGAACCUCCGUGCUGCCUAGUGGAGCUCCUGGAGAUGAUGCAGAGCCUGCACCUGUGUUACAUCUAAAGAUGCCCCGGAGAGCACCAUAG